AUGAAACCCGAUUCCUACCGCACAAGGGUUCACAAAUUCUCGUGCAAGCCUCCAGGGCAUGACGCUGCUCGACAACGCGAAAACCAGCGACGACAUAGGGCACGAGUCAAAGGCCGAAUCACGGAGCUGGAAGCCCUGCUUCUGACUGCCCAAAGCAAGCUUCACGACGCAUGCAACCGUAUCGAGGAAUUAACCGCUCAGGUUCAACGACUGCAGCAUACGGCCGGCGCGAUCACCGCAAUGCCAAUCACGGCAAUUUCCAGGGCGGCAACGGACCUUGACCGUAGUCCUUUCCACGCGGGAGAUACAAACAGGGUACCAGAACUGGUGCCUUAUACGCUUGAUGUAUUCCCCCGGACAAGCUCGCUUAGCCCAGAGGCGAACCCCCCUACCACGGUCAAAAGGCCGGGGAGUACCAACUCACCAACCCUACCCAAUCCGGCGGUACCCAACCCGCACGUAACCAACCCAGUCGGAGCCGUGUUUGAAGACCCGAACGACGAUUACCCCGACCUACCCCCUCCCCAGCCCAACGAAUCGACAAUUCCAUGCCGGGAAGCGUACGCUAUCAUCAAAGACCGUCUUAGCGCGCCGGAGGAGUUUGACUUGUCCACUGCGACAGACUGGAUGGAACCGGGAUUUCGGCGAGCUGUUGUGCCCGGUGCGGGAUGCCGGGUCCAGACACACGUCUUAUUUGCUUUUGUGGACCGCAUUACUCCGAUCUAA